CCCCCUCCCCCCUUCUCUUCCUACUCUGCCACGCCCUCCUCUUUCUCCACCGCCUUCCCGAUGUUUGGAUCGCUGAAGGACACGGCCGUGGCUGCAUGGCUGUCGGUUCAACAUCCCUCCCUGCUGAAUGCAACGAGCGAGGAUUCCCGACCAACCCCAGGACCCGUGCUCGAUGAGAUUGCCCAGCUCACCUGGUCUUCGGCCGAGGAGGCCAGCGACGUCAUUCGCUUCCUGUACCACCGGCUGAAUUACUCGGACUCGCCGUUUGUCCUGCUGAAGUCCCUUCGCUGUCUCCGGCAUGUGGUUCUUCGUGGCUCGGAGCGGGCUCACUUCUUGGCCCGCCUGCCGGAUGGCCACAUCACCCUGGCCCUGAAGCGUGUGGCGCACUUCCAUAACCCGAUCAAUGUGGCAAACCUGCCGAAGGCCCAGCUGGAUGUCUUGGUCAAGGCCGUCCGCGACACGGCCAUCGAGGUGACCAAGCUGGUCUUCGAGGACCCGGCAUCCAUCAAGCGCACGCCGCCCGGAGGAGCGGCCGGCGGUUAUGGCAGCCACACCUUCAACGCGGGCGGCAGCGGUGGUGCCAAUGCCGUGCGGUGGGCCUCCGGAUCGGGAAUUGCCCCGGCCCUCGGAAGUGAUGCCGUCGUGGCAGUCGGGCACCUGGACGCAUUGCCCCCGUCGACGGCCCUGUCCAGUGCCAACUUUGCCCGGCCCAUGCAGUCUCUGCCAAGCCUGGAGCUUUCGCCCGAGGCCAGUUUGGAGUAUCGCCUGGUGCAGGAUGUCUGUACAUCCGGCUCGGGGGGUGUCCUGUCGGCCAGCGGUGUGCCGGCUGCCGUGCUUCAAGACUUUGCCCGGCGCCUCGGUGGCUUGCGCCUGUCCUGGGUCAUGGACCGGAUUGGGCAUUACCUUCGUACCGGCUCGGCCUCUGAGCUCUUGCGUGCCCUGGCCCUGCUGGAUGUUGUGGCGCAGCACAACUCCGAGGAGGUGGCGCCCCUGUGCCUGCCCCUGGCGCGGCCGGUGGCCCAAUUGUCGAAUGGCAUCGACCCCUUCGGCGCUGAUCGCAAGAUCACCCCGGCUGUGCGCACCCGCGCGGAGAAGUCCCUCCGUGUCCUCUCGACCGUGAAUCCCAGCAGUGGAUCGAGUGUGCCGGCGACGACGACGGCCCCGGUGGCUGGCUCGCCGGCGGUCCCGGUCCCUGCAAGCCCAUCUGCGAGUGCUCCCUCCCCGUCCCUUCUGGACUUGGAGGGCCUCUUCCCGACCGGGGCCCAUUCUCCCGGUGUUGGCUCCGACGAGGGGCCAAGUGCCGAUGGCGCGACGCGGUCGAACUCCGAGCCCUCGGAGGAGUCCUCGGCCUUCUCAUUCAUCGGCGGUGCCAGUGCCAGUACCAGUGCCGGUGGCCUGAACCUCGAUGAUGAGGAUGACGAGGAUGACAUGUUCGCUGGCAUGAGUAUCCGCGAUGCAAGCGACUCAAGGCAAUCGACGUCCGGCAUUGUGGCUGCCCGCUCGGCCUCCGCGCCGGCCACGACCGAGCCUUCGGCCUUCGAUUUCCUCUCCUCCGGGACGGCCCCCGCGUCGGGCCCCGCCGCCGGCGCCUCUCUCUUCGAGGACAUUGGCAGCCUUGGUACCGGUGCCGUGGCCGCCCCGGUCGAUCCGCUGAAGGCCAUCAUGUCUUUGUACUCCUCCUCGCCCGGGGUCCCGGUGCCGACUGCCACCCCCGCCAUGUCAUCCUCCACCCAGUCGGCUUCUGGCACGGCUUCGGCUGAUCUGCUUCUGGACUUUGACCAGUUUGCACCGGCGAGCACUGGCAUGAGUGCCAGCGUGCGGAAGCCGCAGCCGGCGCCCGCCGCGCGCCGGGAUGCCUUCGAUUUUGUCCAAGACGAAAUGCGCUCCCGCGGGACCCCCUCCUCUCCUUUUUGACUGACCCGACCUUUCUCGUGCCCUCCCGGGCUUUUUCCAUCGCCCCGCCCCCCUCUCUCUUUUUAUCCCUCUGCCUCAUCCCCGAUGUACAUUCCGUCCUUGUCGCCAUUCCGCCAUGCAACAUGCCGCCACGCCUGCCA